AUGACAUCAAAGAUUAAUAUUCAAUUUGAAGAAAUCCGAAGACUAGAGGCUGAAAAAUAUGACAAAACUGAGUUCAUUGAACAACAAAUGAAAAUCGCUAACGAGAAGAAUAUCCACAAGAAAACUACGCUGUUUUCAAAAAGAUUAGAAAGAGAAAAGGAAGACGAAUACUACAAGUUCUUUUGCAAAACCUUGAUGAUAGACGAUUUAUUAUCUAAUAAAUAUAAUGCUACAAAAGCCAAAAAAUUGGCUGAAAAAAACAAAACAUUAACCGAAAAAUGUCAUAGUUCUAAAAAAGAAGUGAAAACACUACUAAACGAAGUCGAACUUUUCAAAUACCACUUCGUGUCAUAUUUCGACGACACUUACGACAACGUCGAUAAAACCGAAAUACUUAAGAUAAUAAUGUUAACUUUCAAUCAAAUAAUCACUAUUGGAUAUAUGUGCUAUUGGAAAUCAAAUGCCGAAAUACUAAAAAAAAAUGCCGAGCUCUGGACGGUGCACAAUCCAUGUGGUAUGCCCAUACACUUCAAUGUGCCGUUCAAUCAGACUAUAUAA